AUGGUCUUAGAAAGUCGUAUUCAGAUGCUGUGAAAGAUGUUGUUGGGAAGAAAGUUGAAACUGUAAAUAAUGAAGUGAUGAGUAUGAAUGAUGGAAUAAAGGCACUAAAAGAAGAGGUCAUUAGUACAAAGAAAACAAUUCAAUUAUAUAGUGAGGUUGAAGAAAGAUCGUUCAACUUUAUAAUUUUUAAAUUGAAGGAAAGUAACAACCUCAGUUUUAAUGAUAGCAAAAAAGAAGAUGAUGAUAAGAUUAUGCGCAUUCUUAGUGCAAUAACAGAUGAAAAAUUUGAUAUGUCAAAUGUUGUUAGACACUACAGAUUGGGCAAGAGAUCGGAUAAUGUCAGGCCGCUGUUGGUUAGACUGAAGUCAAAAGUUUUGAAGAACUUAAUUAUGGAAAGUCCAAAUAUUUUGAAAAAUUAUGAUGAUGAUCUGAAGGGAAUAGGUAUUGGUCACGAUAUGACAAAAGAUCAAAGAAUCAAGUGUAGAGAAUUGAUGAAUUUAGCGAGGGAGAAGGAGGCAGCUGAUAAAGAGGAUUUUGUUUACAGAGUGAGGGGCGAACCUGGAAAUUUGAGAAUAAUUCGAAUAAAAAAAAGAUUGCACUGA